AUGUUUGGACACAAAAGUGAGUUGGUAAUUCCAAAAGAGGUAUCAGAUGCGGGCUUUGGAAACAUGGCUUUUGUUCCUGAUUUGGACACACUACAUCCAAUUCCUUGGGCUGGGAAUGGUAAGUUCAAGGUUGCCGAAUUCUACUGUGAAACAGCAUGGAUGCCAAGUCGCAAAUACCAGGAGGCCUGUCCCAGAUAUAUCGCCAAACGACAGUCCCAGAGGCUACAAGGCAUGGGAUACGAUUCAUUUUCCGGAUUCGAAAUGGAGUUCAUGUUGAAGAAUCGACAGACGAAAGCGCCAUUAUUUGAUUGGCCUGAUUACUGCAUGAACAGAACCUUUAGACGAGUAGAACCAUUUCUAUUCGAACUCGAUUCGCAGCUCUUCGAAUCUGGCGUAGACAUUGAGGAAUUACAUAUCGAGGGUGCUCCAGGUAUGGUAGAAUGUAUCAUGAAGCCGCACUGGGGAAUCAAGUGUCCAGACUCGACUUUUGGCUUUAUUCAAGGUCUUUUAGAAAUGGCCGAACAGCAUGACUUGUUGCCAACGUUUCUUUUCAAUUCAAAUAUGACAGAAAACGACAUAAGUACGCACUUUAAUCUCUCCGUGUGGAAUAAGGACACGGAAGUCAACGUCUUCCAUGAUGCAACACAAGCAGACUGUUUGUCAGACACCGCGCGCUAUUGGAUUGGCGGACUGAUGAAGCACGCUGGGGCACUGACAGCUAUCUGUUCUCCAACAGUCAACUGCUACCGCCGCCUGUUUCAACCGUGGGCACCAGGCAAGUGUUUUUGGGACAUAGACAAUCGUAAGGCAACAUUUCGUGUGUAA